GAUGGAUGUCAUAACCUCAAUCAAUCUGUCAAGUAAAGUGUCAUUUGUGCCGUUUCUGCCGAAUUAUUUUUCCCUUUGAUAUUUUAAUUUUAUUUCGCACAAAUGAGCGAAAAUGAGCGGCUCCAAGAUUGUUACCGAUAAUCUAAUUAAGUGGGACGAUUCGUCAAAUAACGCAUUAGCACCACUGACGAUAAAUCAAAAAGAAUGGUUACAAAGUUUAGAGGAACAAAUAUCUUCUUCAGAGACUGUUAAUUUUGACAAAUCGGUGGAGGAAUCUUCUUCGGAAAUAAAAAGUGAUUUAAUCGGAGCUGUAGAGAGAAUCGAGACCUAUCAAGAAUUAUUGCAAUGCUAUACAGGGUUGGAAGAAAGGUACGUUUUUGCAGAAGAUGCAAAAUUCAUGAUGUACCUCGACCAAUUAACUCAUCGUCGAGAGGAGUGUCAGAAUCUCCAUUCCCAGAUAGGAAAAUCUCUCGACGAUUUUGCGACUCUUUCAAAGCAAUACGGCAUCGUCUCGGGCAAAACAAUUUCCCUCUACGAUGCAAGCGAGCAAUUGAUCGCCGAUCAGGAAAAACUGAACACCCUGACAAGCAGCGUAGCCGAAUAUAUCAAAUACUUCAAGGAAGUAGAUUUCAUCAUGGACAAACUGGAAGCCCCUUCUCUUUCCAUAAACAGUGAAACCUUCUUCAAUCUCGUGAGUAAAAUCGAUGCCAACCUGGAUUUCAUGCAGAACAAUCCAACCUUCAAGGAAAGUGCGACAUAUUCCGUGAAAUAUCGUCACUGCCAAUCCAAGGCGAUAACACUCAUGACAAACUAUAUUUUCAAAUCCCUAACGAAAGCCACCGAGAGUAUUCUAAAUUCGAAAACCGGAGGCUUGGACGAAAACUCUGACGCGACUUUGGCCCUCUUCUACGGCAGAUUCCAAACAACUCUUCCCAAAGUCAAACCAGUGCUCGAUCGGAUUGAGGCGAUGUCCUAUAAACGACAAGAGUUCGAUUCUCUCUUGUCAGAGUGUCAUCAGCACUAUUUGAGUCAGCGGGGAUUGGUUCUCGGACCAAGUGUUCAGAAGGCUCUGCAGUCCGUGAAGGAAAAAUAUAAUGGCGAUCAUUGCAGCCUCGUGAGACACUCAUGCGCCUUGCUUCUUCACGCCUCCAUUGAUGAGCACCGACUCUUUUACCAGUUCUUUUCCAAGUUCUCACCAAGUUUAACCGCCUAUUUGGAAGGCCUCUGCACCUCGCUCUAUGACACUCUGCGGCCCUUUAUCAUCCACAUCAACCAUUUGGAGACCCUGGCGGAAAUAUGCUGCAUUCUGAGAAUCGAAAUGCUGGACGAGCAUGUCCAGAAUAAUAUGGAGCCUCUCCAGGGAUUUGGCAAUAUCUGUCUGCAGCUUUUGCACGAUGUGCAGGAGAGACUCGUCUUCCGGGCGCACUUGUACCUGCAGACGGAUGUGAUGGGUUAUCGACCCUCGCCUGGGGAUUUGUCCUAUCCGGAGAAAUUGAAAAUGAUGGAGGAGAUUGCUCAGUCGAUUCGCGAUGAAACGAGGCAGAUUAAACUGAAGAGGAUAUCGGUCUCGUCGAUGGAGAGCAAUGCCUCGGAGCCGAUUUCGAGAAACCAUUUGACGAUGGAUCCUUUGUGUCAGAGAGCGAAUAUGGGCAAUUCGCCGGCUGAUCUUCAUGGCAUGUGGUAUCCGACUGUCAGGAGGACUCUGGUUUGCUUGUCGAGGUUGUAUCGGUGCGUUGACAGGCCGGUUUUUCAGUCAUUGAGCCAGGAAGCUAUUACACUUUGUGUUCAGAGUAUUGAGGAAGCGAAGCAGCUGAUUCAAGCGAGGGCGACUCAGCUGGAUGCUGAGCUUUUUCAAAUCAAGCAUCUCCUGAUUUUGAGAGAGCAGAUUGCACCUUUUCAGGUGGACUUCACGGUGAAAGAGUACAGCUUGGACUUUUCAAAAGUAAAAACAGCAGCAUUCCAUUUGCUGGAGAAGCGCUCUCGGCUGUUUACACUCUCAAACAACGCACUUUUGGAAUUUCUCCUCGAAGGUGCUCCCCAGAUGAAGGAACAUUUGAUUGAUUCUCGAAAACACGUCGAUGCCAAGCUGAAAUCCACUUGUCAGAGACUGAUCCAGUAUUCCACGAACUUGCUGAUAGAACCAGUUCUGAAAUUAUUAGAAAAGGCAAAAUCUUGCGUCCAGCAGGAAAAUGCGAGUCCCAAUCAAAAUCAGGAAUUGGGUCCUGCUCAAGAUGUUUCGGCUGCAGUUAGCGAAGCUUUGCGUUCGAUAAAAUUUAAGCUUCCGGGUCUCCAACAGUCGAUGCAACUCUAUCUAGCGAAUAGAGAAACCGAAUGCAUUUUAUUUAGACCUAUUAAAAAUAAUAUCGUCGCUGCUUUCACCCAAUUGUUGCAGAUUUUAAACACUUGCUACGAUUACGAAAAUCUAUUGCUGAUCGCUUGUCCUCUUCCGGAACAGGUUUCAGUGAUGUUGAGUUCAUCAAGUCUUUCCCAAGGAAAAAUGUUGGAUGAGGUGCAGAAAACACAGGCGCCGGAAACCCCAAAGUCCGAAGAUCCUGCUGACAUUUCUACGGACAAAACGCAAACGUGAGAGCUUACCAGAAAAUUUUUGUAAAUAGUGUUCUUAAAUUGCGUAUGAUAGGAAUAUUUUUUAAUUUUUACUGUAAAUCAAUCCAGUGUAAAUAUGAGUUUAGUGUACAGUUUGAGGUGUAGGUGAUAAUUUAUACAGAAGAGAAAAUAUAAGAGAAUCUAGAAAAAA